AUGGAUCGCGACGCUCUCGUAUACAAGGCCAAGCUUGCUGAACAAGCCGAGCGCUUUGAUGAAAUGGUCCUUCAAAUGAAGGAAGUGGCCAAGCAACCCACGGAGUUGUCGGUCGAAGAACGUAACUUGUUGUCUGUUGCCUACAAGAACGUGAUUGGAGCCCGUCGUGCUUCUUGGCGUGUUGUCACCAGCAUUGAGCAAAAGGGAUCCGACAAGAUUGAGAUCAUCAAGGACUACAAGCAAAAGAUUGAAACUGAGCUUGUUGACAUUUGUAAUGACAUUUUGGGAGUCAUUGAGGAGUCAUUGAUCCCCAACUCCACUGCUGAGGAAGCCAAGGUCUUUUACUACAAGAUGAAGGGAGAUUACCACCGUUACCUUUCCGAGUUCCAAGUUGGCGAUGUCCGCAAGGAAUCUGCCGGAGCCGCCCUGGAUGCUUACCAAGCCGCCAGUGGAAUUGCCUCUUCUGACCUUCCACCAACGCACCCCAUCCGUCUUGGACUUGCCCUCAACUUUUCCGUCUUUCACUACGAGAUUCUGAACUCGCCAGACCAAGCGUGCCAAAUCGCCAAACAAGCCUUUGACGACGCCAUUGCCGAGCUGGAUACGCUGAACGAAGAAUCAUACAAGGACUCUACUCUUAUCAUGCAAUUGCUUCGCGAUAACUUGACCUUGUGGACAAGUGAUCAAGAUGCUGAUGGUGCUGAUAAGGAUGAAGAGUAA